AGGUCUCCUUUUCGCCCGCUCUCGCUGUUCGGUGGCAUGGUGUUUCUUCCUUCCUUCUUCUGCCUUGCCGGCGCCGUUAUUUCCGUUCUUGGCUCCGAGCCUCAGCUCUCCCCUCGCGUCCUCCACGAACACCGCCGCUCAUUGCCCUCAGGAUGGUCUCUUCACCGCCGUGCUGACCCAGAGAUUACUCUCCCGCUUAGCAUCGCGCUCGUCCAGUCAAACAUCGACAACCUCGAGGAAUACUUGCUCGACAUUGCAGACCCCGACUCGCCUAACUAUGGCAUGCACUGGACACCUGCUCAGGUCCGCGACACCUUCCGGCCUUCACAGGAGUCCGUUGAUGUUGUACACACGUGGCUCGCGUCCGAUGGCGUGCACCCCGAGCGCGUCCAGUUCAGCCCAGAUGGCAUGCACCUGCGCGUGAAUGUUAGCGUGUCCGAGGCGGAGCGCCUCCUCGCGACCGAGUACUACGUCUACCAGCACGAAGACGGUUCGGAGCACCUCGCGUGUCAGCGCGGGUACCACCUCCCCGAACAUGUAUCAAGACACGUCGAGCUCGUCAAGCCGACCAUCCAAUUCACCUCGGCGGGGUCCUCGGGCCCGGUCACCUCCAUUAAGCGCUCUGUUUCGGGACGCUCUCUCUCGCGCCGCUCAGGUGCCCACAAGCCUUCUGGUGUCGCGUCGUACCCUGCCAAGACCAUCUCGGGAGACCCGCUGGACCAUUGCGACGAACAGGUCACUCUGGAUUGCCUUCGCGCGCUGUAUGACUUCUACUACGAUCUCCAAGUCCCGGAACAGAACUCGAUUGGCGUAGUUGAAUUGGGUGCUCAGAACUACAACGGCCAUGAUCUUGAUCUCUUCUUCCGGAAAUUCAACAUGGGUCGCCUCAACGACCGGCCUAAGCUGAUCAGCAUCGACGGCGGCAAAGAGAAUGUCACUCAGACAGACGACGGGCUCAUUGGCGAGGCUAACCUCGAUUUCGAGCUCGUGAUGGGCCUCUUGGACGUUGCGCAGCCUGUCUUGCUGUACCAGAUUGGCCGGGAUGGCUUCGUCGACGAUUUGCUCUCCGCAUUUGACACCCAGUACUGCAUUGACAUCGGCACCAAGAACUGCAAGGACAAGCCGCACACGAACGUCGUCUCCAUCUCCUACGGAACCUCAGAGACCGGCCCGCACAACGAGAUGAUACGCCAGUGUAAUGAAAUGGGCAAGGUCGCGCUCACGGGUGUCACCUUUGUGUACGCGUCCGGCGACGACGGGCCCUCCUUCGGCGGCACAUGCCUGGAUGACGACGGCAAUGAAGUCGACGGCGAGGGCAACUUCCUCCCUGACUUCCCCGGUGUCUGCCAAUAUCUUACGGCUGUCGGUGCAACGCAAGUCAACCCGGGGAGCUCCCCCUACGACCCGGAGAGCGCGACGGCAGGAUUCGCCUCAGGCGGAGGCUUCUCCAACGUGUUCAAGCGACCGAAAUUCCAGGAGCGCCACGUGGCACGGUACCUCAAGAAGGCAGACCUGCCCUACGGACCCAAUGUCUUCAACCGCACCGGGCGCGCAUACCCCGACGUUGCCGCCAACGGCUGGAACAUCACGGUCGUCGGAGACGGGGUGUUCUCGACGAACGGCGGCACGUCCGCCUCCGCACCCAUCUUCGCCGCGAUGCUCACCGCGGUGAACGACGCGCGCAUCGCCGUUGGGAAGAGCCCCGUCGGGUGGAUCAACCCCGCCAUAUACUCGCACUGGUUCGCGAGCGUGUGGAACGACAUCACCGAUGGGUCGAACCCCGCGUGCGGCACCGACGGGUUCCCGACCGCGCCUGGCUGGGACCCGGUCACUGGCCUCGGGACGCCCAACUUCCCGCGCAUGCUGGCGCGGUUCUUGGCCUUGCCCUGAGUCUGCCCGUCU